GAAUUCCUUUGCAUCUCAAACCAGUUAAAGGGAAGAGAAGGCAAAUUUCAAUCAGAUGGCAAAUUUCAAUCAGAAUUCCUUUGCAUCUCAAACCAGUUAAAGGGAAGAGAAGGCAAAUUUCAAUCACAAUCAGAAUUCCUUUGCAUCUCAAACCAGUGAAAGGGAAGAGAAGGCAAAUUUCAAUCAGAAUCCUUUGCAUCUCAAACCAGUCAAAUGUCAAUUUUCUUUCUUUCCGGCCCGCCAAGUUUCUCUCUCUCGUGCAAAGGGACGUAUAAAAGAAGGAAUUGAGGGGCAAUGAAUUAACCAGAGAACGAAUUUAGUUUCAAGAGUUUCAAUGGCUCUAGGCUUUCUGAUGAACUACUACUUGUUUCUUCACGUUGCUGUAUUCAUUCUUUUCCCAAACAGUAGCCACGCAGCUGAUCAUCAUCUCGCAAACUCAAAUAAACAUGUGGCUCUCUUCGUAUUUGGGGAUUCGAUAUUUGAUGUUGGAAACAAUAACUACAUCAACAGCACCACUCGGACACAGGCAAAUUUCUGGCCAUACGGUGAAACCUUCUUCAAUCACCCAACUGGUAGAUUUUCUGACGGCCGCCUGAUCCCAGAUUUCAUAACUGAGUAUGCAAAGCUUCCAUUGCUUCCACCAUACAAACAACCUGGCAACAACCAUCAAUACAGCAAUGGGGUGAACUUUGCGUCUGCUGGAGCAGGAGCACUAGUUCAAACUCACCAAGGAAGGGUCAUUGACCUUAAUAUGCAGCUAAUCUAUUUUAAGAAUGUGAAGAAAGUGUUGAAGCAAGAUAUGGGUGAAACAAAAGCCAAGAAAAUAUUGUCGACAGCUGUUUACUUAUUCAGCAUUGGAAGCAACGAUUACUUGUUUCCUUUCGUGACAAACUCUAGUUUUUUCCAGUUGAAUUCUCCGGAAGAUUAUGCGAAGAUGGUUAUUGGAAACAUAACAGAUGUGAUCAAAGAAAUAUAUGAGGCUGGAGGAAGGAAAUUUGCUUUUGUUUCCCUGGGCCCAUUGGAUUGUGUACCACUUGCAAGGGUGCUCAAUCCAACUGGUGAAUGUUUGCAAGAAAUUAGGGCUCUGAUUAAGCUGCACAAUACUGCCUUUUCAAAAGUCCUUACAAAGCUAGAAAUGCAGCGACAAGGAUUCAAAUAUUCAAAUUUUGACUUCUACAAUUCUGCUACGGACAUGAUGGAAAAUCCAUCCAAAUACGGUUUCAAGGACGGGAAGAGUGCAUGCUGUGGAUCGGGACCAUACAGGGGAGUUAAUAGCUGUGGAGGGAAGAGAGGGGUGAAAGAGUACGAGUUGUGCAGCAACCCCAGUGACUAUAUUUUCUUUGAUGCUGCUCAUCCAACUGAGAAAGCGAACGAGCAACUUGCCCAGCAAAUGUGGAGCGCAGCUCCAAGCAUUGUCGGGCCUUACAAUUUGGAAGCCCUCUUUGAACAAGUGUAGAAAACCAGAAUUGUAUCUUAAUUCUAAUUAGGACAUUUCAUGAUAUUUCUGUUUUUGGUAUUUCCCUUUCUGUUCCAGACUUCUUUUAGUUUGGGAUUGUGAGCCCAUCACGAGACCAAUUUAAGAUAUUCGUGUGUUUGUUUGUGGUUGUAGGAAGAUUGUAUAGCUAUUGGCCGGUUUUAGAGUUGAAUUCCACCCCAAUUAAUAUUGUUGUUUAUAAA